AUGGAGUGUCGGAAAUUAAAAAUUGAAAGAAUCGUUUGGCGAUAUGAAAAGCGGUGCGAUAUCGUCCGGGCUAUAAAUCAAGAACCGAGCUUUAAAAACGUCAAGACCGCCGGCAAUUCGGUCAAGUUCGGUAAAACUUUUUUUUUACGAUCAAUGAACACCUGUUGUGCAGUAGACAAUCAUCACGGAAGGCCGACGGAAUUUCUUCGGAAACAUAAACAGCUCAGUGAUUCAGUGAUUAAAGGCGCGUUUUCCGUUUGCACCAUAAUAUACGCGUACACUCGGAAAACCACGGGGACGGACAAAGAAAUGCAAAUAUACGAAUACUUUCAACCUUCAUUAUCAUUUCCAGUGCAAAUAGGUAAACACGACCAACAGCUGGCCAAAUUUAUUUAA